AUGGAAUUGAUCCAGCAAAAGUUAUUAAAUGAAACGCCACAUCCAAUAGGCGGGAAAUAUAUAAACAAUAGGAAAAGCUUCAGAUAGAUGAUUUUAUAAUCACACUAUGGAGAAUUUUAGAGAAUAUUUAAUUUAACUUGGAGAAUGAUCACAAGAGAAAAAAGAGUUUCAAAAUCAUAUUUUAUUAUAAAUCAAAAAACAAGUGUUUGGAGCAUAGUAUAGAGAAAAGUUUAUAAACAAUAAGAUGGAACUGUGCAAACCGUAUACAUGGAACAAAUAUUGAAUGGGAAAAAGCUCUUAUUUGCCUUCUCAUAUUUACUAAAUUGA